AUGCACUAUUGGAUGGCAUUUUUACUAUUGAAAGGUAUACCAUCGUUAGCUGGACAAGGUACAACACAAAAUGCGGAUCCCGAUGAUUUUGUUGAUCGUUUAAAUUAUCGAUAUACCGUUAUUAUUUUAAAUGUAUUUUCAGCAAUUGUAACAAAUAGACAAUUUAGUAGUAAACAAAUACAAUGUUGGGUUCCAGCAAUAUUUACAUCUGGCUAUGAAGAUUACACAAAUCAUAUUUGUUAUAUUCAAAAUACAUACUAUGUAAAUCAAACACAAAAAAUUCCUAAAACAUUAAAUGAACGUACAAGUCGAGAAUUAUUAUAUUAUCAAUGGAUACCGUUUAUUCUCUGUUUUCUAAGUAUACUAUUUUACAUUCCAAAUUUAAUAUGGCAAUCAUUAAUGGUUCGUAGUGGAAUUGAUUUAAAAGAUAUUAUUGAAGCUGGAAAAAGUUAUAAAUCAAUUGAUCGUAUGGAUAAACGUAAAAAAAUAAUGAAUUAUAUUAUUGCAUCAAUUGAUGAAUUUAUUGAUGAUCCAAGACGUGGAAGAGAAAAUAGAAAUUUAAGUUUAUCAAAAAAAAUACUUGCCGUAUUUUGUUGUAUGUAUGGAAAAUUUCAAGGUAAUUAUUUUAUGAUGGUUUAUUUACUAACAAAAACGUUGUAUGUUAUUAAUUCAAUUGGACAAUUAUCACUUUUAAAUGAAAUGUUAGGAAUUCGAUAUUAUAAAUAUGGUCUUGAAUUACUUCAAAAACUCAUAUUAAUAGCUAAAAAUCAACCAACACAAGAAUCAUAUCGUCUACAAAGUGGAUUAUCAAAAUAUUUUCCAAAAGUAACACUCUGCGAUUUUAGUGUCCGAGAACCAAAUCAUUUAUGGAAUUCUCAUCGUUACACUGUUGAAUGUGUUCUACCCAAUAAUCUUUUAUUUGAACAAUUAUUUACAUUUUUAUUUUUCUGGUAUACAAUGAUUGUUAUUCUCAAUAUUAUAUCAUUAUUAUCAUGGUCAUAUCAUUUUAUAGCACCUAUUCGUAUUAAAUAUGUAACUACUCGUUUAAAAUUAAUAUUAACAAGAUAUUUAAGAAAAACAACAAUAACAUCAUCUGUACCAAAAAUUGAUAAAAAUUCAUUACUCUAUCAUGAUGAUUCACAUACAGAUUUUGCUCGUAAUUAUUUAAAAUGUGAUGGUAUAUUUGUACUUCGUCUUUUAGAAACAAAUACAUCAGAUUAUGUUGUUACACACGUGAUAGAAGAACUAUUUUAUAGUUAUGAAAAAAAAGCUUCACAACCUAUUGUACUCGAAGGUUUAGCAAAAAUGAUGUCAACAUUGGGUCCCGAUCAAGGCCUAUUAAGUUUGGGUAAAUUACUUUUUUUACCUGUUAUGAGUGAUCCAAAAAUUGCUGCUAGUCUACAAGGAAAAUCACUACUACAAAAACCAAUAAUUAAUCAAGAUUCAAAUAAAUUAUUAUUACCAAGUUUAAAAACAGAUGAAAAAACAGUAGACUUAUUGAAAGAUGCGCCAACAUUAUUAAUACCGCCAAUACCAAUGAAACGACAUUCAACAAUAACAACAAUUGAUCCAGUCGUAGCACCAAGAACUUCGAGUACAUUAAGUACGUCAACACAACUAUCGGUAUAUUCGAUAGAAAAUGAGAAACCAAAUGUUGACGAAGUGACUGAAGUAUUACGAGAACGUCGACUAAGAAUUAAACGAAAAAAAAGGUAG